ACUUAUUCUUAAACUGGAUAUCCAAUUAAUGGAUUGGACGAGAUAAGAUCUCCUGCAAUUAUCUUCUCCGAAGGAUGCCACUAGUAUGCCAGUCAGAGAAGGUACCGUGAAACAAUAAGGGAUCAAAUUCCAGGCAUUAGGUUCUAAGUGUGGAUAGAAAGGAGCAUCGAAAUGGCUUUGAAAGAACUGCAGGGGGUAAUCGGGAGAUGUCGAGGUUUACCUGAAACAGAGUUUAAAGAAGAAGAUCACAGCUUAUUUCAGUUGGCAGCCUGCCAGUGCCUGGAAGAAGGGUAUACAGCUGAACUUUUUCAAAUUCUGCAGGAUGCACAAAAUAAGGACUUUGUUCACUGCAUGGGCUGGAAUCUUGUUGGUCCUGUUGUUAAUUGUGUGUUGAAAGAUGAGCAACGGUUCCAGGACAGGGAAAUCUGCUUGAAAAUACUAGACCAUCUUGUGGAGAUAAGUAACCCAAAGGAAAUUCUGCUGGGUUUACUUGAAAAGAUUGAGGAUGCUUCUGGAAAAAAUAUAUCUCAAACUGUCUUGCUCCUCCUGCAGCCACUUCAAACAGUGCUAUUAAAAAUGAAACACAAAAAGGCAUAUUCUGUGGGAUUGUCUCUUGCAACCAUUCAGAGCCAACUCUCCACACUACCAGUACCUGUUAAUGAUGAGCAACGUUAUCAGGAUGAUUAUGAGAUUUGCAAAUGCUAUAUGGCUGUUAGCUCAUUUGUUAAGCCAUUUGUGGAUGAAGUGACUCAAACAACAAAUUCCAAGAGAGAUCCUUCCUAUUAUGAACUGAAGGAGGAACUACUCAAAUUCUUUAUGAAAAGUUUGGAAUACCCACUGCUGUCAGCACAGUUACAGCCAUUAACAGACGAGAUUGAAGGCAAUUCAUUAAGAGCUUUUGCUGCAGAAAUUGUUGUUUUCUUGGUGGCAAUUGGUGAAUCACUUCCUGCACUGAUGGUUCGUCAGUUGUUAAAGUCCAGAAAGAAAUUGCAGGAGAUUGACCCUGUGAAAGAAGAUGUAAAAUACCCAACCAAUUCACUGGCAAGCUUGGCAUAUCUUUUAUUUGUUCAGUAUAUUGGUAUCGAUCAAUUCCCAGCUGUAUACAGCCCUGAAUAUCUACUACACUUCAAUUUGGAAUAUGUAUCUGCAUUGAUGAAUAGGACAGAAGAAUCUAUUUUAUCAAAAGGUUUGGAAUUGUAUGAACAUUGCUUAUUAACAAUUGAAGAUGAUAAUCUUUCUCACAAGUAUUUAGAUAUCAAAAACUUCCUUGGUGUUCCACAGGAUUUAGUGAAGGUAAUGACGGUCUGUCCUUUUAAACAUAUGCGGAAACGGGGCCUGAAGCUAUUCCAGCAGAACAUUGAUAAAUUUGAUUCAGAAGGAAAAUACAAAUUAUUUCGGUGUUUAUUGAAGACAACCCACCAUGCUGGAGUACAAGGUUAUAUUAUACAAAAUGUUAAAAACCAGAUUGAUCUAGCCUUGAAGACCAGUAAUGGGAAUGGGUGGUUCUCAGGCCCACAAUUGAUCCCACUUCUUCAUUUAGUCCUUUCACUUCCUGAAAGAGAAGAAACAGACUUAAUUCAGAAUGCAGACCGGAUCAUGGAAUCGCUGAAUCUUCUCAGAUACCUUGUGAUCAGGGAUAAUGAAUGUGAGAAUCGAACUGGAUUAUGGACUGACCUUUUCUGGAUUGAAAACUUUCUGAAUGCACUACGAACUGGCUUGAAGAUGUCCAGGAUUCAUUAUAAAGCAGAGAUCAAAAAGAAAAAAGAAAACAGGAAAAUUAAAGAUGUUCCUAAUUAUGAAACACAGCGUUCCUUGAAAGCUGGCAGUAAGAAGUUUACAAAAAUGACUAAUACUGUGGAAUUGAAGGUUCUGCAGUCAGCUUUCUACACCUUUGAUCUCAUGGAAAGUGUGCAAGCACGAAUAGAAGAGUUGAUGGAGCUAAAAAUGAAAUCCAGAGCUGAGAGUAAAAAUGUAGCCAAUGAAGCUAUUUAAAUUUACAAGGGAAGUGUUAAAACUUCAUAAAUAUAAUAUUUGAUCUUUUAUUCCAACCACUGUACUUGGAGGGAUUCACUUUGUACAUUAACUUUUUCAAGUCUAUGUUAAUUUUUUUUUACUGUAAAAGCAAAUGUAUUGAACCUGCUCACCUGGAAUAAAUGUUAUAAUGCAAAUCUACCCAAGUCUUUAAAAAAUAAAAUCGCUCUAGUUUCAGUGUA